AUGAGCCACAAGAAGGGCGAAACCGGUCAUGGGUUGUCGACGAAUUUUCAGCAAACUUAUGAGCAGUGCAUUACGAAUAUACUGGCACGGCUGUUUCCCUUAGCAAAAGCCUUCUCCAUCUCCCGCGCUUUCGAUGUCCACCAGAGCUCUCGGUCUUUCCUUAGACUCUUCACUAUAUGGCGUUUGGGGGAUUCGCGUGCGCCGUCGAACCCCUUGCCUGCUGGUAUGGGGGUCCUGGCACCAAUCAUGGAUAACGACCUCGACGACAUCCAGUGGUCUUGUGGUCGAAUUGGAGAAGUCGGGCAGGCAGCACUGAACGCCGCUAGGAUAGCUCCUUUCACAUUUUGCCACGCUUCAUCCACAUGUUCACUGCCACCACAGUAUUGUUUUACUGUGGAGAAGGAAAUGAAGCUGGUGACUCGGCACGUAUCCAAAGCCGGUAUCCGUUUUCGGAUUGAUCUGUCACGUCGAACUAGUGUUGGGCGGAACUCCACAAGGAUCAUUCUUUACCACUCGCAGUCAGGUGCUGCUACGGUCGGAAGUCCAUCCUGA